AUCGAUUCCCUCACUUUCCCUUUGUCUGCGCCGACAGUUUUCUCUCCCUCCCUCUGCUGGUGUUCGCUCUUUAUUCUAGGCUUUGUUGCGGCGCAGUCUGAGCUCCAGAGCCUUGACCUUCUUUGUUUCUUUCUCAAUCGGGUUCCUCUAUAUAGUGCUGUGUCUGCGAGCCAGCCAGCCUAUUGAUAUAGUAAUAUCCUCCUUUGAUUUUCGCUAGGGGGAGGAAAGGGACAAGUCGUUCUCUAUUUCUAACCGGCUUUGGAGACCAUACUUGUUCCUGACAGUUUCUUCGUCGGUAUCGUCUCUCGUUAACUACUUUUGAGAUUCUGGCGUCAUGAGGCUUGCAGCUUCUGUUGCGCUGCUGUUCCUCUCCGUUAAUGCUGUUUCCCGGCCCACUGGUGGUGCUUCAGCUGCUAGUCCUGACAAGACAGGUAACCUGUUGGCGAAGAGAUCCCCUCUGGACCUUGAGCAGGAUGCAAAUACCCAGACAACCACUGACUAUGGAAUUGAUCCCUUUGGUGGUUUCACUUCGUUGGCUGAUCCUAAACUGGCUACUACGGAGUCGCUGACCUCAACCAGUCUCUCGACUGCUCCGAUAGCCACUACGUCUACCCCGGAGACUCUGCCGUCUAUAGUGAUUGUCACGCCUCCUGUUCCUGUGCAUACAUCGCGUGUGUCUGCUACAGAAACUUCUUUGCCAGUUCCUGAACCAUCGUCUUCGCUCAUCGCUACACCUUCUGACGUGCCUAUAUCAAGCUCGUCUACCAUUGCUAGUUCUUUGCCAAUUACAGACUCAUCGUCCGUCGUGGCUGCUCCAUCCAUCUCUUCGAGCCCUCUGUCGAGCGUGCCUGUCCUUACUAUUACUAGUUCUGCGAGUUCUGAGUCGCCUGCGGUGUCUCCUCUGCCAGUUACAUCGUCUAUCCCGGCAAGUUCCACGACUCCCGCAUCGUCAUCCUUGUCUGAGGCAUUUGGCUCGACAAGUACUUCUAGUUUACCCAUUCCAGCCGGCUCUUCACCGGUUACGCCGUCCUCGGCUUUAAUCACUACACUCGCUUCUACUGCACCUCGAUGGACUACUUCCACUAUCUACACAACCAAAGAGCAGACAAUUACGCGCUGUGCACCCACUGUGACUGACUGUCCCGCCGAAUCUACCAUUGUCGUGACCUCUACUGUUGCGGUCUCAACUACGGUGUGCCCGGCCACUGAAACCGGGAUACCGUCGUCAUCGUCCUCCGGGGUGGCUACGGUGUCUCAGACAACAUCGGCAACUGGAAUGCCGACUUCAUCACUUUCUGGAGUAUCUCCAGUGGUUGGGUCGACUUCAAUGUCAACCGGAGUACCAUCAUCCUCCUCCUCCGGUGCAGUCCCACCAUCACAGUCAAGCUCAAUUCAAACAGGGGUUCCUUCUUCAUCAUCUACAGUUCCAGUGUCUCGUCUGACACCAGUUCCGGCAGGGAUACCAUAUUCGUCUUCUUCUGGAGUCAUUCUGACGUCUCAAUCAACCCCAGCUGGAUCAGGGAUACCAUCUUCAUCGUCCCCCGGAGUACCUCCUGUGUCACCAUCGGCCACUGUCCAGUCAACCGCGACACCCCCCAGCACUACAGUCAGACUCACCACUUCGACUAUCUACACCUCCACUGUAGUUACAAUCACCAGCUGCGCGCCAAGUUUCACAGAUUGCCCGGCAGAUUCAACGACUGUAGUGACAUCAACUAUCCCUAUAUCCACUACCAUUUGUCCGGUUACUGAGACCCAGACAGCAUCCACGUCUACGCCCUCUGGAGUAGCCCCAGUAUCCCAAACUACUUCCGCUGGGCUCACCACCAUUUCUAGUGUGCCGCCUGCACAGUUCACUACCGUCAGACAGACCACAUCCACAGUCUACAGCACCACUGAAAUCACCAUAACUAGCUGCGCACCGACAGUUACAAGCUGUCCUGCAGACUCUACCACUGUCAUAACUUCUAUAAUUGCAGUUUCCACCACUAUCUGUCCGGUCACUGAGACGGAAGUGCCGUCAUCGGUGUCCAAGACAUCUGGUGUGAUCCCAGGACAAUCAACUUCAGUUUUGUCUACAACGCUCAUUUCACCUACUUCUGCAAUCCAAUCGACAACCACUCCAGCCCAUGCCGAUACGUCGGUUCGACUCACUACCACCCUCACUGCUAGUGGCACAAUCUCCUCUGGUGUGGCCCCCGUAUCUCAAUCGACUUCAGUCUCAUCGGGAAUCACACCUACGGAGAGUACCACCGUAAUGCAAUCGCCAACUAGUACUCCAGCCCUAAGCGCAACAACCACUACCACAGCGAGGUUUACCACGUCGACUGUAUAUACCACCAGUGAGGUCACCAUCACCAGCUGUGCCCCUACUGUGCCAAGUUGCCCAGCCGAUUCUACUACUGUUCUGACUUCCACUAUUGCAAUUUCCACCACAGUAUGUCCGGUGACGGCAACAGAAACAGCAACUACGUCUUCUGUUACUACUAUCUCGCCUGGUGUGUCUCCAGUACUCCAGUCUAGUUCGACUCUGUUGACACUAUCUUCGAUUGCCUCUGCCGUUUCUCCUGGGCCUCAGUCAAGCUCGAUAUUACUGACGUCUACUUCUGUCAUACCUGGCACCUCUCCAGUACUACAGCCAAGUUCGACGUUGUUGACUUCCACUGCCGUCUCACCCACCUCGACUCUGUUGACAAUAUCUUUAACCAUCUCUAAUGUUUCUCCUGGGUCUCCUUCAAACUCGAUAUUGUCAUCGUCUACUUCUGUCUUGCCUGGUACAUCUCCAACCUCUGAGACGGCCUCAGUUCAGUCAUCAACAUCUUCUCAUACUACUAUCCCACCAGCCAUUUCUCCAGUCUCCCAAUCACGUUCGACGUUGAGAACUGCCACUUCAUCCGACACAUCUGCAGUGUCUGAGUCUAGUCCAACCUUGACUACUACUGCUCUCGCCUCAUCCAGCAUAAUUCCAAUAUCCAGAUCAGCCAUCACUAGCUUUACCACAUCUACCAUAUGGGCCACCCAGGAGAUUACAAUCACUAAUUGCGAACCUACUGUGACGAGCUGCCCAGCCAGUUCUAUUUCUGUUGUAACCUCGACAAUUGCAGUAUCAACCACUAUCUGUCCUGUUACUGAGACCGAGACAACGCCUUUCCCUGCCACGACUCCAUCUGGAGUUUCUCCCGUGACGGAGUCCUCCCCAUCUGGGAACACGCCCACACAGACUGCAUCUACUGAGAUCCCUCUUAGCGUUCCCCCGCCAGUUGAGACUUCAACAUCAGUGUCUCUUCCGGUGACUCAUACUUCUGAGACUCAACCUGCUGGAACUAUAACAAUUGGUGUGUCUUCAUCCGUGACUUCAUCGACAACUAUGUAUUUGACUACGCCUACGGAGAGUAUUCCCCGAGGUCCCUCCCAGCCUGGCUCGUCAACUGCACCCACCGUCACUUUGACCACUCAAACUGGGCAGACUUCUUUUGUCACUUCAGUCGAGACAACAUCGACAUAUGAUUCGCAUACUGUAACCCUUCCGCCAGAGACACUCUCCGGAAGCAGUUCAUCUAAGCUCUCGCCUACGUCGACCUCUCCCGGUGAGACUACUUCAACCAUCGCCACACCCACCGAGACUCUUCCAGUGCCGUGGGGUGUGUCGUCUACCUCGAUUACUCCUGGCGAGGCUACUUCAACAGUUACGGUGCCGAGUGAGACCUUCCCUCUGCCAUCUGUGGCUCCUGCGUCCUCUUCAACUCCAGGGCCCGGGCCCUCUGUCACAACGGUGGUAACCUACCAUACCUUUACUACCUGUCCGGUAACAACUACAAUGUCCUCAGGCUCCAGUACAUUCAUAUCGACCUAUAACACUGUUUCUACGGUGACUCUCACAUCAACUUCGACCGUCUGCACUGCUUGUGAGGCCAGUGCAACUUCAGUCUUACCGGGUCAGACAACGAUCCCGGCAGGGCCAUGGCCCAUUACCACCAGUUCACCUGGAGUUCCUCCCCUUCCAGGCUCAACUGUGACAGAAGUGACCUCCAUUAUCUCUUCUGGCAGUUCUGCAAUCGUAUCGACCCACACUGUUCUUUCCACAGCGACACUCAUUUCAACUGCCCCUAUUACUUCUAUUUCACCUGACCAGGAAUCAACUUCCGCCGGGAUGUCACCUGUUACAACAGCCAGUCCUUACAGCAUAUCUACCGAGGAAGUUCCUAUCCCCUCUGCAGCUUCAACUGCAACGGUAGUGACAUACCAGACCGCUACUACCUACCCGGUAACGUCUAUCGUCACUGAUAGUGGAUCCACAAUCACAUCAAUAUCAAGUACGGUCUCUACGAUCAUGCUAACUACGACAUCCACGGUCACCCUUACAUCCAGCGAAUUUAUGACCUCGGCCAUUCCCACUUCGCAGGCCAGUCCCACAAUUAUCAUUGGAAGUUAUUCAGCCAAAGAAACAAUAACGUUGAGCAUCACUCCUGGAUCGCCACUCUUACCAGACACGACCACAACUCCAAGCAUUCCUAGCACUUUGGUGACUGUCGGGUCAAGCUUGCAUAUUCCGGGGUCAACAACGCCUUCUCCAAGCCCUACUCCAUCAACUCCUCUCUUUUCAGGACUUGCUCCUCGAGGCGCCUAUAUCUCAUCCGGGGUCAUUUGGACUGGUGUCCUUAUAGCUCUUCUGACUCUUUUCAACUAGUAAACGACAUUGCUUUCUUUUUCUGCUUUGUUUCUAUAGUGUCUUUGGAUUCUAUGUUGUAGUAGUUUUCUGUUAUUUCUUUGUCUGUCUAUAACUGUGACAUUACUGCAAAUGACUUUGCCAUUCUGCGGUAUAUGAGUUCUGCUGGUACUCGAGACGCUAAGAAUCUCGAAUAAUCACCUUCCAGCAGGGCUGGGCAAGAAGGUCGUCGUCAGUCAGUCGUUAGGUACAGAUGUUUGCCUUUGUAUUAGUAGAUUUAUUUACAAUGGGCCUUUGGGCCACUUGGGAGCAUUAUAUCGAAGAUAGGAAAGCCAACAAAAUGCAAUCUAUUAAUUAUUUUUAUG